AUGGAAUGCAAAGUUCAUCAUUGGUUCCUCACUGAUGAUUAUUAUAAUUUAUUAACGUCUAUGAGUGCAUUAUUACCCCUCUUUCUAUAUAUCUGUUGCUCUCUCUAUUUUUAUAUCUAUCUCUAUCUUUAUCUCUCUCUUUAUCUAUCUAUCUAUCUAUCUAUCUAUCUAUCUAUCUAUCUAUCUAUCUAUGCGACUUAUUUUCCAUCCUUUAUUUCCUACGAUCAUAUAGCGUCUACUUCAACCUCUGUUUUGCACUCUUCCGCGUGCCGUGGUGAUGACCAACCCGGCAGCUCUGCAAAGGCUGCAAAAACACCCAGGCGAGGCAACCUUAGCAGGCGUUCUAAAAAAGCCUCACCGGCUAAGGGGAAACGGGAGCAGGAUUCCAUUGAGCGCACCUCCUUGGGGGAGAAGCGGCUGGCGUCUACUUCAAUCUCUGCUUUGCACUCUUCUGAGUGCCGUGGCGAUGACCGACCCGGCAGUUUUGCUAAGCGUUCCAAAAUACCAUGGCGAGGCAACCUUAGAAGGCGUUCUAAAAGAGCCUCUGCGGCAAAGAGAAAGCGGGAGGAGGAAACCGAGAUAGAGGCCUCUUUGAGGCUUUCCAGUCAAUCUCAACGGAGGCAGGAUGUUUUGUCACAUGAAACGCUUGCGGUGGUCAGCACAGCAGACGUGACACUGUUAUCGAAUCGCGCGGCAGUGGGCUCCGAAGAAUCAGUGAAACGCACCGGUCCUACGAUGCACUGCAAUACCCACUUCUCUUCCCUUACGGAGAAGAUGGUUCGCUCCAUCAAGUAUAUCAACAAUGGGAAUGAUGCUGCAAUGUUUGGUAUUAGGCAGGAAGGUUCCGUAGACGAAAUCCAGGACUUCCUUGCAGGGCGCAUCAUUAACAGCACAGAGGGCCCUUGGCACAUAUUCAGCUUCCCCAUUCACGAACGGUUCCCAGCAAUCGUCCAGCUUGCUGUGCACCUAGAAAACGACGAACUUCGUUAUUUUUCUGCGGGUACAGCAAUGGAUGUGGCUGCGCGUACCAAAGACACAACGCUUUCAGCGUUCUUCAAACUUUGUCGACAGGACGAGUUUGCUAGGACUCUAGUGUACCCAGACGUGCCUUCAUACUAUGUGUUGACAAAAAAGAACACCUGGGCUCGGCGGAAGUGCGGGGCCAACGUCGAGGGCUAUCCAGGCGAAUGUUUUUACUUGCGACUCCUUUUGCACGAAGUUAGUGGUCCAACGAGCUACAAUAACUUAUGGACGGUUAAUGGUGUUUUAUGUGACACUUUUCGUGAGGCCUGCCUCCGUCCCGGCCUUUUGGAAGACGACAGCCAGUGGGAUACCACAAUGGCUGAGGGAGCUCUUUUAAAAAUGCCCUCUGCUUUGCGCCACCUCUUCACCACAAUCUUACAAAUGUGCGAACCCAGUGAUCCCAAACCACUUUGGGAUAAAUACAAGGACUUUUUGUCCGAAGACAUACUCAGAGAAGCGCAACUGCUGCGUCCAACAAUGGUUCCUACAUUCAACGAUGAAAUUUACAACAGGGCGCUUAUAAUUAUUGAGAACCUAUCGUGUGGCAUCCUCCAGUCUCUCACCUGA